CGGCUCCUGCUCAAUCCCUGUGCUUCACCCUCAAGGCAUCGCAAUCCCUCAUCCACAAUUGCGUGCUUGUACGCCUCUGUACAAGGCGCCUCUUAACCAGUGAACAAUCUUCCAUGCCUCGCGGAGUCAAGAAGGAGAACCUGCCCUCCAAAAUUUGCGCGACCUGUGAAAAGCCCUUCACUUGGCGCAAAGUGUGGGAGAACUGCUGGGACGAAGUCCAAUGCUGCAGCGACCGCUGCAAGAAUGAGCGGAAGCGCAAGCAGCAGCUUGCAAACCGGGAGCAGCGCGCUGCAGCUGUUGAAGGGCUAGCGCCCGACACCGCCGCUGCGCCAGCACCAGCGGUGGCUGUUCAGCAGUCGCCUCCGUAACCGAAACGAUCACUCAUCA